AGCUCCUCCCUGGGGGAGCCUCAGGCGUUGCCCGAAGGGAUCCCCGGUGCCGGGGGUGGCCCCCGCGCGCAACGCCACGCGGCCCCUCCUCCCCCGCCCCGCCCCGCCUCCUCCCCGCUCCGCUGCUCCAGUCCGGAUUUUGCGGCGCCCGCCGGCCCGCUCCCCGGCUGCGGGCUCCGCGCGGCGGCUGGCUCGGUGCGCGGCGCGGCUGGCGCUGCGCUCCGCCCCGGCUGCAUUGCUGCGCUCCGGGUGCCCAGGGGAGCCACGCGCCGCGUGCGCCCCGCAGCCGGCCACCCGGAGGCAACGCCGUCCUCUGGCAUGGGCCCCGGGGGCGCCCCGAGGUGGGGCUCUCGGCUGAGGCGCUGACAGCCUCUCUCCCGCCCGCGGGGCCCCGAGUCCAGCCCGCUCGUCCGCCCGCGGCCAUGGCCGUCCGGCCCGGCCUGUGGCCAGCGAUCCUGGGCAUAGUCCUCGCCGCCUGGCUUCGUGGUUCGGGUGCCCAGCAGAGUGCCACAGUGGCCACAGUGGCCAGUCCAGUGCCUGGUGCUGGCCCAGACCUACUUCCCCACUUCCUGGUGGAGCCUGAGGACGUGUACAUCGUCAAGAACAAGCCUGUGCUGCUGGUGUGCAAGGCUGUGCCCGCCACGCAGAUCUUCUUCAAGUGCAAUGGGGAGUGGGUACGCCAGGUGGAUCAUGUGAUCGAGCGCAGCACUGAUGGCAGCAGUGCAGGGUUGCCAGCCAUGGAGGUCCGUAUCAAUGUAUCAAGGCAGCAGGUAGAGAAAGUGUUCGGGCUGGAGGAAUACUGGUGCCAGUGUGUGGCGUGGAGCUCCUCAGGCACCACCAAAAGUCAGAAGGCCUACAUCCGGAUAGCCUAUCUGCGCAAGAACUUUGAACAGGAGCCGCUGGCCAAGGAAGUGUCGCUGGAGCAGGGAAUCGUGCUGCCCUGUCGCCCCCCAGAAGGCAUGCCCCCAGCUGAGGUGGAGUGGCUCCGGAAUGAGGACCUUGUGGACCCUUCCCUUGAUCCCAAUGUGUACAUCACACGGGAACACAGCCUCGUGGUACGGCAAGCCCGCCUGGCCGACACUGCCAACUACACCUGUGUGGCCAAGAACAUCGUGGCCCGUCGCCGCAGCGCCUCGGCUGCUGUCAUUGUUUAUGUGAACGGUGGGUGGUCGACGUGGACUGAGUGGUCCAUCUGCAGCGCCAGCUGUGGGCGCGGCUGGCAGAAACGGAGCCGGAGCUGCACCAACCCGGCACCUCUCAACGGGGGCGCCUUCUGUGAGGGGCAGAAUGUCCAGAAAACAGCCUGCGCCACUCUGUGCCCAGUGGAUGGGAGCUGGAGUUCAUGGAGUAAGUGGUCAGCCUGUGGACUUGACUGUACCCACUGGCGGAGCCGUGAGUGCUCUGACCCAGCACCCCGCAAUGGAGGUGAGGAGUGCCGGGGUGCUGACCUGGACACCCGCAACUGUACCAGUGACCUCUGCCUGCACACUGCUUCUGGCCCGGAGGAUGUGGCCCUCUACAUAGGCCUUGUUGCUGUGGCUGUGUGCCUCAUCUUGCUACUGCUUGUUCUUAUCCUCAUUUAUUGCCGCAAGAAGGAAGGGCUGGACUCAGAUGUGGCCGACUCCUCCAUCCUCACCUCAGGCUUCCAACCUGUCAGCAUCAAGCCCAACAAAGCAGACAAUCCCCAUCUGCUCACCAUCCAGCCUGACCUCAGCACCACCACCACUACCUACCAAGGCAGUCUAUGUCCCCGGCAGGAUGGGCCCAGCCCCAAGUUCCAGCUCUCUAAUGGUCACCUGCUCAGCCCACUGGGUGGCGGCCGCCAUACACUGCACCACAGCUCACCCACCUCUGAGGCUGAGGACUUCGUCUCCCGCCUCUCCACCCAAAACUACUUCCGUUCCCUGCCCCGAGGCACCAGCAACAUGGCCUAUGGGACCUUCAACUUCCUCGGGGGCCGGCUGAUGAUCCCUAAUACAGGAAUCAGCCUCCUCAUUCCCCCAGAUGCCAUCCCCCGAGGAAAGAUCUACGAGAUCUACCUCACACUGCACAAGCCAGAAGACGUGAGGCUGUCCCUAGCUGGCUGUCAGACCCUGCUGAGUCCUAUCGUUAGCUGUGGGCCUCCAGGAGUCCUGCUCACCCGGCCGGUCAUCCUGGCCAUGGACCACUGCGGGGAACCCAGUCCUGACAGCUGGAGCCUGCACCUCAAAAAGCAGUCCUGCGAGGGCAGCUGGGAGGAUGUGCUACACCUUGGGGAGGAGUCGCCGUCCCACCUCUACUACUGCCAGCUGGAGGCCGGUGCCUGCUACGUCUUCACUGAGCAGCUAGGUCGCUUUGCCCUGGUGGGAGAGGCCCUCAGUGUGGCGGCCACCAAGCGGCUCAAGCUCCUGCUGUUCGCUCCUGUGGCCUGUACUUCCCUUGAGUACAACAUCCGUGUGUACUGCCUGCAUGACACCCACGAUGCACUCAAGGAGGUGGUCCAGCUGGAGAAGCAGCUGGGUGGACAGCUGAUCCAGGAGCCUCGCAUCCUGCACUUCAAAGACAGUUACCACAACCUACGCCUGUCCAUCCAUGAUGUGCCCAGCUCCCUGUGGAAGAGCAAACUCCUGGUCAGCUACCAGGAGGUCCCUUUUUAUCACAUCUGGAACGGCACCCAGCAGCAUCUUCACUGCACCUUCACCUUGGAGCGCAUCAAUGCCAGCACCACUGACCUGGCCUGCAAGGUGUGGGUGUGGCAGGUGGAAGGUGAUGGGCAGAGCUUCAACAUCAACUUUAACAUCACUAAGGACACGAGGUUUGCUGAACUGCUGGCUCUGGAGAGUGAAGGGGGGGUCCCAGCCCUGGUGGGCCCCAGUGCCUUCAAGAUCCCCUUCCUCAUUCGGCAAAAGAUCAUUACCAGCCUGGACCCACCCUGCAGCCGGGGUGCCGACUGGCGGACUCUAGCCCAGAAACUUCACCUGGACAGCCAUCUUAGCUUCUUUGCCUCCAAGCCCAGCCCCACAGCCAUGAUCCUCAACCUUUGGGAGGCACGGCACUUCCCCAACGGCAACCUCGGCCAGCUGGCGGCAGCCGUGGCUGGACUGGGCCAGCCAGAUGCUGGCCUCUUCACAGUGUCAGAGGCCGAGUGCUGAGACUAGCCGGUAAUGCCUACACUCUCACCAGCUUUGGCACCUGCCAGGGACAGGCAAAAGCCAGACAGGGGCCCUACCCCCACACCCGGGGAGAGCUGCUUGGACAGGCCCCCCCCCCUGGCUGAAGUUGUCCCUUAACGCUGGUCCUUCAGACCCUGCCCAAAUUCCAUCCCUCCAUGGCCUGCCUGGCCAGGUUGGUAUAGCCACCUGUUCUCACUCUGCCCUGGUCUCAGGGCCAAGAGUGGACAGUGCCUGGAGCCUGGGCUGAGCCAGCCCAUGUGUGUGUGUGUGUGUACAUGCGUGUGAUGCUACCUCUCCUCCUGUCCCUUGCCAGGGGCCCCGCAUACACACAGCAUGCUCACACAUGCUGGGCUUGGGACAUGGCCCCUAGAGCUCUUGCCUGAGGUGGGCCUUAUGCAAACAUUUCUGUGCCUGCUGGGUAGGGGUAUAUUUGAGGGGCCUGGCUUCAAGCCUGGGGGACUAAGGGCCCCAGCUGGACAGGGGCUGGCCCUUGGAUUCAGGCACACGAUCACCACACAGGCACGUGUUCACGCAUGCCUCGUGUGCUCAUCUCACACACACCCCUCUCCAGGUCAUGCAGGACCCCCCCCCCCCCCACUACACACAUCUCAUGCUGUGCACCUGGAGGCUGCUCACGUCUCUCAUGCCCAGUGUCGUACACAUCUGCCUCUCACAUGCUGCCCUUCUCCCACCCACCCAGGGACACCCAAAGGCACCUCCCUGAUCCUUUCCCCGCCCCCAGCCUCGAGGUGCCCUGCCCAGCGGGGCGUGUGAAUAUGCAAUGGGAGUCCCGGGCUGUACAAUGGCAAGUGUGUGUGCCGUGGCGUGCCCAUUCCUGGGGCUGGCCAGUGCCCCUGUGUGGGGCCUGUUGUGUGAAGCUUGUGUCCUGACUCUGUCUUAAGUGCAUUCAUGCACUUACACUUGGCCUUAUGUACACAGCCUUGCCCGGCUGCCGGGGCAUGUAGGGAUUUUAGCGGACGUGAAUGUAAAUAAAUUAUAUAUAUAUAUUGCUAA